GGCCGAGCGGGGAGUUUCUCUGAAAACUCCGAGACAGCAAGUGUUGUGUCCUGGUCUUCUCGAUUGUUUGCUAUUUUUGUGACUAUAUUUAUCUCCAGCAUGACGGAAAAGGCAGAUAUGCCGGGGGACACCGUGUCUCUGCCGCCGACAUACGCACCCUCCGAGGCCUAUUCGGAGUCACCACCGCCGGCGUACCGUCGAGACAAGAGCAGCCGGGUGCAGAUAGUGAAGAUGGUGUGUGCCACCGUCGUCGCCUCUGCCUUCAUCAUCGGCUUCUUCAUCCUCACCUCAAACUACCUCUCCUCAAGGGCCUGCAACUGCCACAAGGAGAGCCACGCUCAUAAGAAUCUCCAGGCAGCCGGCUUUGUGGAGAUCCCGCGAGUGGAAGCGCUCGUCGACAACUCCAUACAGGACAACAAGGUGGAGGACAACAAGGUGGAGGAGAACAAAGUGGAGGACAAACAGAUUGAGACCAAGCAGACGGAGGCCAAACCGACGGAAGAGGAGGUGUCAACGGAGACUAACAUUAAGGAUCUGGACACUCUUGACGACGCCACCCUCCCCUCUGUGGACAACCAGCUGUCUCAAGAAGUAGUCCCCGAGGCUGAAGAGGCGGUGCGAGCCCUGGUGGAAGAGGUGGAGGAGAUAGAGGAGGCAGAGAGAGAGAUCCUGGAGGCUGAGAGGCAGGAGAACCAACAGACCCUACAAGACAUCAUGCGCGCCCAGAUGGAUCAUAUGAAGAAGAUCAAACUUCCCAUUGACCUCAUCCUCGGCAACCCCGCCUUGGCUGGACGCGAUGUCAACUGUGAGGUGGAGCGUCGUGAGCAGCCCCUGGGCGGCGGCAUCAUGACUCAAGCCAUCAUUGUCACGUGCCACGACAACGACGACGACGACGACGACCAACAGCAGCAGAUAAUGUCCGGGCCGGCCUUCCCUCCACCAGGUGCCCGUCGAAUGGGACCUCCGCUCUCACUCAUUGCUCCCAUCAUGAAGAUGUUGACUGCUAAGGCUGCUUCCCGAGCUGCUGCCAAGCAACUCAUCCCCGUGAGCGGCCCACGCUUCCUUCCCUUCCCCGGCGCCCCCAUCCCUUGCUCCAACAAUGGCCCCUUUCCCUGCAUGAUGACCCCCCUAAAGCAGAUGCCUCUCAUGGCUGGUCCUCUCUCCGGACCCAUCCCAAUCCCCCACAACAUGCCUCCUCAUAUUUCCAUGGACGCUAAUCCUCGCAGCAUGCCCUUCCCUGCUGGCCUGCCACAGAUUGUCGGUAAAGGCCGCCUCAUGUUUACCCCGCUCAACAUCUCACCCUCCGAGCCCAGGCUCAACCUCUUCAAUGGCCCUCCCUUCCCCGAGUCAAGGAUGAAUGCUUUAAAUGCACCACCCUCUGAACUAAGAAUUAUUCCAUUCAAUGUACAACCUUCCGAGGCAAGAGUUAAUCCAUUCAACGCACCACCUUCUGAGAUAAGAAUUAAUCCAUUUAAUGCCCCACCCUCAGAGUUGAGGAUAAAUCCAUUCAACGCACCACCCUCUGAGCCAAGGCAGAAUCCAUUCAAUGCACCACCCCGCGAACUAAGGAUAAACCCAUUCAACGCACCACCCCCUGAGUCAAGGCAAAAUCUAUUCAAUGCACCACCUCGCGAGCUGAGGAUAAACCCAUUCAAUACACCACCCCGCGAGAUUAGGAUAAACCCAUUCAAUGCACCAUCCUCUGAGUCAAGGCAAAAUCCAUUCAAUGCACCACCCCCCGAGCUAAGGAUCAAUCCAUUCAAUGCACCACCCCCUGAGUCAAGGCAAAAUCCAUUCAAUGCACCACCCCGCGAGCUAAGGAUAAAUCCAUUCAAUGCCCCACCCUCUGAGCUGAGGAUAAACCCAUUCAACACACCAUCCUCUGAGCCAAGGCAGAAUCCAUUCAACGCACCAUCCUCUGAGUCGGGGGAGAAUCCAUUCAACGCACCACCCUCUGAGUCAAGGCAGAAAUCAUUCAAUGCACCACCCCCCGAGCUAAGGAUAAAUCCAUUCAAUGCACCACCCUUCCUGGAACGCAAAAACGCCAUCAUCCAAGAAGCGAAGGUUAUCACCCUCAACAUGCCACCCUUCUCCGAACCCAAAAUGGACGACGGCCCUCGUCAUCGCAUGCUUCCAUUCCCUUUCCGCCCCAUUGUACGCAUGUCUCCCCGCGUGCCCCGUCUCCUCAUGUCUCCAGAGCGUAAGGAAGGCCCCAUCUCCUUGGCUUCUCUCCACCGGGGUGCCCUGCCUCUUCCCCCACAGCCCGAGGCACAAGGCAACUUCAUCCACCCAACACCAGAGGCCAAGUCCCGAGCUCUCUCCAACCCUGUAAACCUGCCUCCACUCCGCCUGCUGCCAGGAAGACUAGUCGCUCCUGCACCUUCAGUGACAGUGGGAGAGAGGCAGGAGAGUGGCCCCAUCACGCACAUGGAGAUGCGGGCUCCCAACGCUCCCGAGCCCAACAGCCAGGAGAACCAGCCCCGUGUCCUAGAGUUCGGUCCACCUCGCGUCGACACCCUCAUCAACCACAAUCUUUUCAGCGAUGAGCCCAGACUCCCCAUUCUUCCCCAAGACAUCGAUAUCCGCCCCAUUCCCAAAGAAAUCAUGACCCCACCACAGCCCAUCGCCAUUAUCCCCCACAAUAUGCCCAUCGCUGGUCCCUCAAGCCAAGCCCUUUCUCCUCCUCCCCCAAAAUUCGAUCCUGAGGGACGCACAGGAAUUGUGACGGAGAUUAACCCAGAUGCCGAGAUGGUUAUCAAUCCACAGCUUUCCAGCCAAGAGCCUCCCAGACCUGAAGAUCCUCGUAAGCACCACCUCCUUGUUGUCAGCUAAUUCCUGACAGCAGCAAGUUGCAAGCAGCAGGGCAGUGUCGUCAAGUAACAUCUUUAUCUACGGGUGACCUGGUGAUCUCAUGGUGUGUGUUUAGGAUAGUUGCUAAGUACACUGAGAGUCACAAGGUAUCAACAAGAACCUCUUAUGGUGGAGAAGAGUUUCUUGUGCCACCUCAUGCAAUGAUCUGUCUUUUAGCUGCUGUCCUUAACACAACCCCUCCACCUGUCAUUACCGUCCAUUGUCGCGCCGCUGCCCUCCACAAAAAUCUUCCAUCAACAACUUCCUUCGACAGUCCUUCCAUCAGUGACAACACUCCACACAGUCCCAACACCUGUCACUGCCCUCACUAGGCACUACCAUCCACACUGUCCUCUCCACCAUCCACUAUCCUCUACACAGCCCUUACCACUAACAACAACCCUCCACACGGCCCUCACUGCAGCUACAACCUCCCUCAACACCCCCCCUUCCCAAUACAGUCAAUACAAUCCACGUCACCACUCUUUCACACAGCCACACCUCUAACGUCAGUCCUCCAUCUCCACCAGCCAGUUCCUUCAUAAGGUCUUCCACCAACUACCGUCCCCUAAAAUGCCUCUCUGACAAUCACACACAUCAGACCACUACCCUUCAGUUCUUUCCGUCUUCAGUCCCAAAAAUUACAACUCCAGUUAUACAACAUUCAAGGUCUAGACAAAAUAAAUUUCAUCUAACAAUAUAUUUCUCUAAAUGAAUUACUAUAUCUUCAUAUCUAUACUUUUAUACACAAAGUCAAGGCAAUACGAAUACAGGAUGUACCAGUUUUUAUAUUUGCAUCUAGGGAAACAUUUUUGAUGUCUAGAAACAGUUAAAUUAAAAGCAGCAAUACCCAUUUUUAAAUACUGUACAGUAUAUUUAACAAAUUUGACAGUCAAAUCGCUGUGUUAAAAAUGUCUCUGCUAAUCUUCCCUUAACUUGGCUGUCUCAAAAUUUAAAUAAACAAAAUUUCUAGAACAGCUGUUUGUAACCCUAGUGGAAACAUUAUAGACACGCCAUAGGUGCUCCAAGCUGCUUUAGUUUGAAUAAAGUGAUCAUCAGAAGGAAAAUAAUAAAACGACAAUUAAAGAUCAUUUGGAGACAUUGAGAGGGAAUUAGGACAAUUUAUGGCGUGCCUAUAAUGCUUUAGUCCAUCGUUAGACUCUACACGGCAAUGUACUUACUACCUAAUUGUUGUCCAAAUUACCAAAAAUUAUUGUAAUGUGAUACUUGUAUAUGAUCUUUUACUGUAGAAUAAAAAAGUAAAAAAUCCA